AUGUCUUCCCCUCGCGACCUCGAGGAGUCCAUCUCUGAUUUCUUCUCAAAAGCAGGAGCAUGCACGUCAAGGAUUCAAUGUGACGAAUUUGCCAACAAAACAUUCGGAGGGUCGAUUACUUCUGUUCCGGUCCAGGGCUUCCGCGAACCGGAAUCGCCGCUGAAUAUGACAAUCUUAGCGUCUGUCCAAGCUGUCCACCCUGACUUCGUUGCCAACCACUCUUUCCAUGGGACGAUCGGCGAAUCCCCGGCACUCUACGUUUACUCGAUGAACAUGCUCCCGGGAGAUAAUUAUUUCGAUCUGUCUCUCUCCCUUGAGGAUGAUGACGUGGAACACCGUUUGGAGACUGUCCGUAGCCUGGCAAGAUUUUUUGCACAGUCCUGGCAGAACGGUAGUCGUCCCGAACCGAAGUCCAUCUCCGUAACCUUCGAAGACUGUUGCUCCAGUUUCGACUACCUCAGCCGUACCCUCCCCUCCCGCUUCCAAAACCUCAUCACCCAGGUUAAGGACAGCCUCCCGGCCCUUUUCUCUGAAGACUACCCCUUGGUUCUAACCCACAGCGAUUUCAGCGAGAGGAAUAUCCUCGCCAACCCCACGACAGGGGAGAUUACGGGAAUCAUCGAUUGGGCUGAAUUUUGGAGUGUCUUUUGUGAGCUGGUCGACGGGGUGUCCCAAUCCGAGAUGGAGUUGGUUCAUCUUGCGAGGCAGGCUGGACUGUUUCUCCGCUAUGGCAUCCCAUACAAGCCCGGUCGUAAGGGAGUGGUCGGAGUGGCCACUGGGGUCGAGUGCGAAGAUGUGACCGUGGGUGUCGUUGAGAUGCAAUUUACGGAUGCUGUCGGGGGAGUCCAGAUCCCAUGA